GUUCUCCGGUAUUCUAUUGCGGCGUCAUUCGUUUCUGCCAUCGCGCUAUGAAAAGAGUCAUUGUUGGAACUGGCUACCUCUUCUUAAGUUUGCUGGGAACAUGUCUAAAUCUCUCUGCGCUUAGCGUUCUGCCCGAAUGCGAGAAGUCUCUCACUCGUCCUUUGCUAAUAUUCUUUUCAACUCAGUUAUUUGUGGGUAUUGGGACAUUGCUUUCCAUAGCAGUCCCAGUCCCUUACAUGGUAGCUACAAAUUUGCCGUAUUUUAUCAAUCCCCACCUCGAAGGUGCUCCUGGAUUGCUAGUGGUCCUCACGGUUCUGACGUCUUAUCUUAUUCAGUUCUCCGUUUCCAUCUACCGUAAUAUAAGGGUAGUCUUCAGAGUGGCAGAAGUAAUUUCCACGGACAUCGUUGUGGAGGUACUCACAGCUCUUGCGUUUGUGCUUGCCGUAUACAUAUCUGUGGAUAUAACUAAAGUCACCAAUAUGAGGAGGUUUUCUGUGGAUCACUUGUCUUGGGAGCAGACAAAAGAAGAGCACUUUCGGUUGCGUAACGUGAUCGCAUAUUCUGCUAUUGUUGGAAUGAUGUUUUAUGCCCUUUCCAUAUUUGAUCUACUAUAUCGGCACAUCUACGAUGAAGAGAAGGAAGAGAGUACAUCUACAUCGCCAAAAACGCUGCUACUUUACCAAGUUCUCCAUCUAAUUUGCGACAUUGUCUUCUGCGUUCUGAUUCUACUUCCGGGAGUUGAACGACCGUCAGAUUCACCCACCCUGGCCAUUGUUCACUCUCUUUUCAAUAUAUUUGGCCCAGCUGUCUGGCCAACAUUUUCGUUGAUUAUUUAUUCGGAAAGGAUUCGUAACGAACUGUGUUUUCGAGCCUAUCUAAUGGCUAAGGCAUGUGCAUCUCAAGAUAACAUCCAAACUGCACGCAAUGGCCGCUCCAGACCAACCUAAUCGCGAAGCUUAACUGACGAAUGUUGAACUGUCAUACUGAGCCGCUUAUAAAUAUUCUUUAAUUCGGGUCAAUAAAUGAUCUCUCCGUUUCGCUACUUUUCAACACAAUUUCCGCUUUUUCAUUCUGAG